AAAAAACAAACAAACAAACAAAAUGCUUUUCCGUAAUAAAAUUUCAUUGGCAUUUUUGGCUAUCGUUGCAUUGCAAAUGAUUUUGAUUCAAGAUCAAAUGACCGCUGUUAGUGCACGUAAAAAAUGGCUACAAAAAUUAUUGUUUCUUACGACACUUUUGAAUAAAAAAACAAAAAUCAUCCCAUUACCAUUGCCGUUACCGAUCCCAAUUCCAUUGAGAAUCCAGAAAAAAGAUCAUGUAGAAGUUGUGGAAAAGAGUCCAACAUAUGUACAUCAAACCUAUGAAGAUGUUUAUCCUGAACCAUAUCAUGGUGAUUAUGAUGGUUAUGGUGAUUCAUAUGCAGCUGCAUCAUCAAAUGGUGAUGAUGCUGUAUCACAAGUGGCACCAGAAUCAUCAUACGAUGAUAAUGAUGAAUCAUCAACCAGAGUAAAAACUGUUUAUAGAUCAUCAUCAUCAUCAUCAUCAUCACCGAAAUCAGUACGACGUAUUCGUUACAGUAAUAGAUCAUAAACUGAAAUUAUUGUGUUUUACGAAAAAAACCAAACUUGAUUUGAAUAAUCUCUCCUGGUGAAAGAUAUAUUGAUAAAUCCUUUGAUUUAAAUAUCAUUGGAAUAUUUAUUAAAUCAAAUCAAAUUAUCAUCAUCAUCAUCAUCAUCGUCAUCAUAAUCAUAAUCAUUCUAAAGCACCAUUAUUUAGUCUCUUUUUUUUGGCCAAGGCAGAAAAUUUAGUUAUUAAUCCUAUUAUCCUACUACUCAAUCAUUCAAUCUCUAGUGAAAGAUUUUUAUCCAUAAAAAAAACAUUAAACCAACAACAGACAACUUCAAGAUAUAUUGCAUUACGCCCCCGCAUUAUCGAUUUACCUCUUUUUUUUCGAAUUGAAUCAAUAAUUCCCGCCGUUUUUGUUGUUUUUCUUUUCAUUCAAACAUUUUUAUUAUUAUUAUCAUUACACUCAAUUUGAUAUACUUGAUUAUCA